ACGCUCCACACGUGGCGGUCAACCCCCGUUAGCCACGCCAUCACCAUGAACCUCAAGCAGGUUUCUCGCUACAAGGACAUGAGCAAAACAUCGAGCCAGUUCUUCAACAGCUUUCCCGAGCCGCUACGCGUGUCAUCCAUCCAACGGACAAACGCAGUGACGAUCAAAAUAUUAAAGGGUACGUUUGACUUUUAUCGCCGAGAUCUUUUAAAAACAAUCUAAGGCGAAGCAGGCCAUGAUUACCAUCAGUACGUGCAACAACUAGUCGCAGCUAGUUUUGAAGAAGUGGAGCUGGGUUAGAUAUUUCUGAGCAUCAGUUCGAUCGAUGGUUUGCUUUUGUUUCAUGGUGGAUCAAAAGAGGCAGUUGAGGAGCAGCAAGCCGGUGGCAGGAACGUGUUCGCGGUGCUGCCGUGGCGCGAGCGUCGGCGACAUGACAACGUUGACUCGGUUUUGCUAUGUUCCGAUUUAUUGGAAAUCUUGGAAGGCUAUCAUAUGUACUUUCUGUGGAGCUAUCCUUAAAUCCUAUAGAUGAACCCUUUUUAUUUUAUAUAUAUAUAUAUAUAAUCUCUCUUUCUGUUCGAUCAUGGUAGCUAGAUGCAAGGUGUAUGCAUGAGUUUGGGAGCCGAUUGGGUGAUUUGCUGAUCUGUGAUUUGCUUCUUUGCUACUUGUUUUUGGUUUUUACUAUAAUUUUCAGAGGGAGUUUUGGGUGUGUUGUUAACAUGAAGAUUAUUGUGGUGAAGAUUAGAAAAAGUGCUUUGAAUAUUUCUUUGUAAAGCUCUGGAAGUAGCUACAAAAUCCCCUUCCUCCCUCCUGCUUCGAUUGUUUUGGCAAAAGAGGUAAAGAGAAUUGGUGCUCUAAGAUGGAGGAGUUUCUUUCUUUUUUUUUU